CAGGUGUGAGCAGACAGCCACAGGUGGGCAUCACUGUGCCUGAUUAAUAUUUUGUGUUGCCAGAAUGGUGGCCCCAUUUCCACCUGGGGGGGUUAAUCACACAACAUUAUCUUAGUUGAACGGCUCCACCAGCACUAAAGCCAGACUCUCAGAAAUGACCGCAUCAGUAAACAGUAGUUUAAGUGGACAGAGUCAGCAGUAGGAGGGGAAGGAGUGGGCGCUUACAGUCGGUCUCCUCUGGCACCGAGGCGCCUGUUUCUGCUACGUUCAUGUUUGUCUUUAUAUUGUCCAGCUGCCAUCCAAUGAAAGGAGAGUGCACCUGCCAGCCGGGGUGGGCGGGACUGCACUGCAACGAGACCUGUGCUCACGGUUUCUACGGUCACGGCUGCCUGGAGCCGUGCCUCUGUGUGAAUGGAGGGGUGUGUGAUGGUGCCACAGGGCGAUGCCACUGCAGCCCCGGCUUUACGGGGGGUCACUGUGAGAAUCCCUGUAAAAGUGGCACCUAUGGAAAGAACUGCUCUUUGGAGUGCUCCUGUGAAAACUAUGUGGACUGCGCACCGAUCGACGGGGCUUGUUUCUGCAAAGAAGGCUGGCGAGGGCCGGACUGCUCCGUCCCCUGCGCCGAAGGAACCUGGGGUCCGGGGUGCAAUGCCAGCUGCCGCUGUGCCAACGGAGCAAAGUGUAACCCUACAGAUGGAUCCUGCACCUGCAUGGCUGGGUGGCAGGGGGCGCGCUGUGACCAACCGUGCCCGAUGGGCACGUUUGGGCCCGGCUGCCUGAAGAGGUGUGAUUGUGUUCAUGCCGACGGCUGCCAAGCUGCCACCGGGGAGUGCCGCUGUCUGCCAGGCUGGUCGGGUAAGUGAUGACGUCCCGCUGAUGUAUCGCUGC